GUUUCUAAGCGCACUGCGUUUCUCUAUAAGUUGAUUAACAGCUUAACAGUGUUUAUGGAUUUCGUUAAAUGCUCGAAAUAUCAAUCCAUAAAAAGCUGUUGCGGUGAGAAGCCGUCGAUGGAUGAUGGAAAUGAGAGCAACGAACUUCGUAAUAAAGACUGUACAUUCCCUGAACGAAAAAAUAAAGUUGAAGGAGUGCACUCCGUUGCUAAUGUAGAGCCAUUACGUUUCGUUAAAAAUGACCGCUAUGAUGAAUAUUCAAAGGCACCCUUAUCAUGGAGUGUAAAUAGAACAAAUUCUAUGUAUCAAUCUUCUGAAUUACAUUAUGUCAUGAAGGAACAAGGAAAUAACGAAAGUACACGGGAAGAAAUUUUUGUUUCUCUUAACACGCAGGAAAAUAAAAAUUUUCGGUGUCCUAGAUGUGGUAAAAGAAUGCAGGAGCCGAGAUUACUUCCUUGUUUGCAUCCUAUAUGUUCACCAUGUGUGUCAGAAUUAAUGAGUAGAUCCUUUUGUAAUUCUGUAAAAAAUGUUAGAACACAAAGUUUCCAAUCAGAAAGUGAAAAAAGUAAUUAUUACGAACUAUGUCCUUUAUGCGAUUUUCAAUUACCAAAUGCAAAUUCGGCAAUACCGCCUCCGCAUUAUCCCCUUCAGCAUCGUCUGGUGAUGAACGCUAUUCGUUCUAGAUUUGCGAAUAAAAUUCUUUGUGACGUUUGCGUGGAUGAAGUUGUUGCGGUUGUACAAUGUGCCACAUGCCUCCGCAAUUUCUGCUUAGAUUGUGGUAUGGAACAUCAACAACAAAUCAUUAUGGAAUUAAAGCCGUCGAAACAUAAAAUAAGGCCACUCUGGGAAGCUACCAAAGUGCGACGUACCGCACUUUGUCACAGACAUCCCACACACGCAUUGCGGUUUUAUUGUAUUGCGUGCCAACAGGUGACUUGUAAAGAAUGUAUAUGGAGCACCCAACACAGAGGCCAUGCAAGUGAAAAUGCCAUUGGAGCUGGAAAAAGGGUUACUUUACACUUGACAAGAAUGCUGCAAAGAGCAAAACUGGUUUUAAAUAUGGUCUUGACACAGUAUGAUCGAAAAGCGUUUUCAAAUGGUACUCUAGAAGAAAUAAGGGAUACUACUAUUUCAAUGGACUAUCGGUAUGUUAAACUGAUAUUUUAA